UAAUACAAACCCCUCAAAAGACGAUCGCACCUUUUUUAUUUUUUUCCAUUUUCAACGUCAUUGUUAGAAUUCCUUCUCCAAUUCGAUUUUCAUUUCACCUGUUUUUCUUCCUUUCCUUUGAUUUUUCAUUUAUUUAUUUGUUCUUUCUUGCCCUCCAGAGCCAUUUGAAAACCCCAAGAAAGAAGCCAUCCCCUUCUUCUUUGCUCACCGACGAACUAAUCAAGAACUUUUUCAGAAGGGGAAAUUUUAAUUCAUCGUCUCCUCAAGAAAAUCAAACCAACCCCAUUGCUGCUUCAAGCUUCUUUCGUCUCUCUCGAUUGCUAUUUUGGCGUUUUGGAUGUCAAUCUCGGUUUCUCCGUAGGGGUGGAGAAAAACUUCGAACUACCGUUAUGGGUUCGUCUUUUUUCCUGAAAAGACUGGAUCUUUAACGGCUGGUUUUCUCUGCAUGGUUCAAUCUCAAUCUGGAUCUGUCUGCAGAUUCUGCUCGAUCCAGCUCCUUAUUAGUGCUUGAACAGUGCUCGAAAGGCCAGAUCACCGGAAAUUUUAUCACUGCUCACGUCUUCAUUUCCAGGGCUCCUUGUGUGGCUUCCGACGAGCUUUUUGCCCAUUCAGCUGAUUUUGUUCUUCGAAUUUCGAUCAUCUGCGUUUCAAUGGUAAGAGAUUGAAAGUUCAGAUGAUGCAUAGCUGCUGGAAAACGCACCAGGUCUUUGAAGGGUUUAUAGGGUUUUUGAUAUUUUGGCCUGUGUUCCUGCAUUUGGUACUCGGCUAUGGCGCUGAAAAUUUCGGAAUCUCUUUAGAAGGUUGUCACUGGGUCGGUCCGAUAAAGUGUUUGUAGAAUUGCCUAAGUGAUGGGGAACGGCACUUCCCGUGUUGUCGGUUGUUUUGUGCCUUCCAAUGAGAAAAAUGGCGUGGAUUUAGAAUUUCUGGAGCCAUUAGAUGAAGGUUUAGGCCAUUCCUUCUGUUACGUGAGGCCUAGCCUCUUCGAUUCUCCGGACAUUACUCCUUCAAACUCUGAGAGAUUCACUGUUGAUUCAAGCACCCUUGAUUCUGAGACGCUCAGUGGCUCUUUCCGACAAGAGCCUGUUGAUGACCUCUCUUGCUUUUACAGACACAACAGCAAGGGCUUGCCAGAAACUACAUUUAGGACAAUCUCAGGCGCCUCGGUCAGUGCCAAUGUCUCGACGGCUAGAACUGGGAAUCAAACGGCGUUGUUUUCAAGUGAGGUGCUAGAGCCUGCAGCCUCGUUUGAGAGCACGUCCUCGUUUGCUGCAAUUCCUUUGCAGCCAAUUCCUCGUGGUUCAGGACCUUUAAAUGGUUUCAUGUCCGGGCCUCUAGAGAGAGGUUUUGCUUCUGGUCCUUUAGAUAGAAACAAUGGUUUUAUGUCAGGACCAAUAGAAAAAGGAGUGAUGUCUGGCCCUCUUGAUGUCUCUGACAGAUCCAAUUUCUCUGCACCGCUGUCUUCAAGGCGUAGAAAGCCACGGUUUCAGCGUAUUAUGAGGAGUGUUAGUGGCCCGGUGAGAAGUAAAUUAGCAAGGACAUUCUCUAGACGGUCUGGAGGGUUAGGUUGGAUGCAGCGUUUCUUCUUGCAUCCAGCAACUAGGGUUGCCUGGCAUGUCGGGAAGGAGGGCAAGUUACCCUCUGGAGUCCCGGCCGAUUGCCUUGAGAACAGCCGCAACUUGCAGUGGGCCCAUGGUAAGGCUGGAGAAGACAGGGUUCAUGUGGUGCUCUCAGAGGAACAAGGAUGGCUCUUCAUAGGUAUAUAUGAUGGGUUUAGUGGGCCGGAUGCUCCGGAUUUUGUCAUGAGUAAUCUUUAUAAAGCUAUAGACAAGGAACUAGAAGGCCUUCUAUGGGAUUAUGAAGAGCAACCUGUAAAUGAUUCACCUAAACCCAGUGAAGCUACUAAUGUGCAAUCAGAUCAGGAACCUUCCACCAGGGUUGAGAACUCAUGUGAUCCAGAAAUUAUCGAUGAACAGCCUUCAAACCCAGAUGUUUCGGGAAGUAACGAGGUUUUGACUGAUAAGAGUAGCUCCGAGAAGAAGGACGCUCAAAGUGCUUGUGUUCCGCCCGGAAAAUUAGCUGGUCCAGGCAAGAAAAGCAUGAGACUUUACGAGCUACUUCAAUUGGAAAGGUGGGAUGGAGAAGUUUCUUCAUCACUAUUAGAAAACCUAAACCAACCUAAACAUUGUCGUGACGGGAGGAGGGUUGUAGAUGGUCUGAGCAGUCAGGUUGAAGAUCCAUCUACUUCAGGCGGUGGAGUUAGAAAUGAUCUGGAUGCCACCGACCAAGGAACUUUGGAUGAUAUUCACACCUCGGCACAAAACCAUGGGGCUAGAAAGUCACAGAUAAGCUCAAAGAUAAGGAGAAUGUAUCAGAAACAGAAGUCUCUACGGAAAAAGCUUUUUCCUUGGAGUUAUGAUUGGCACAGGGAAGAGACUUGUGUUGAAGAGAGGGUGACAGAAUCGUCAGGACCGAUCAGGAGAUGCUGGUCAGGAACUGUAGACCAUGAUGCUGUUCUAAGAGCAAUGGCUAGGGCUCUAGAAAGAACUGAAGAAGCAUACAUGGAAAUGGUAGAGAAGUCUCUAGACACAAACCCAGAGCUUGCUCUUAUGGGUUCAUGUGUUCUCGUAAUGCUAAUGAAGGAUCAGGAUGUUUAUGUGAUGAAUGUUGGGGAUAGUCGGGCGAUCCUGGCCCAAGAAAGACUGAAUGAUCGUCACCCUAAUCCCAAUUUCGGGACAGAUGACAUUAUAAGGCAUAGUAAUAGGUCCAGAGAAUCACUCGUGCGUAUGGAACUGGACAGAAUAUCAGAGGAGUCACCAAUACACAACCAAACUACUCGGAUAAACAUGACGAACAAGAACAGGGACGUGUCCUCAUACCGGUUAAAGAUGAGGGCGGUUCAACUCUCAAGUGACCAUAGCACAAGUGUUGAAGAGGAAGUUUCUCGGAUCAGAGCUGAACAUCCAGAUGAUGACCAGGCCAUUCUGAAAGAUAGAGUGAAAGGGCAACUCAAAGUCACACGGGCUUUUGGAGCUGGAUUCCUGAAAAAGCCAAACUUCAAUGAAGCUCUGCUGGAAAUGUUUCGGGUGGACUAUGUGGGAACUGCCCCAUUCAUCAAUUGCAUACCGUCCACAGUCCAUCACCGGCUCACUUCAAGUGACCGUUUCUUGGUGUUAUCUUCUGAUGGGUUAUACGAAUACUUCAGCAACGAGGAGGUGGUUGCACAUGUCAGUUGGUUCAUGGACAACGUUCCUGAAGGCGAUCCUGCUCAAUACCUCAUUGCAGAGCUUCUCUCUCGGGCUGCCACCAAGAACGGGAUGGAGUUUCAUGAUCUGUUGGACAUUCCUCAAGGGGAUCGGCGGAAGUACCAUGACGACGUUUCGGUGAUGGUUGUGUCGCUUGAGGGAAGGAUCUGGCGAUCUUCCGGCCAAUAUUUCCCGGACAAGAAGCAAAAACCGAACAGAUGAAUAAUUGUUGUUGUUCUAUUUCAGAAACAUUUGUUUUGUACCCAAAAAAUGGCCAAGGCUUAAUUUUUCUUUCCUGCAGAUUCCGGAGAAUCUCCUGAGCUUUUCCUUAAGUUGUUUUUUUUCCGGCUUCUUUCCACUUGAAGAAGCUGCAAAAGAAAAAAAAAAAAAAAUCUUUCCUCA